AUGCGUGCCUUCUCUACCAUUGCGCUCACUGCGCUAUCCUUCACCUCAGCUUGCGUAGCUGCGAGUUGGACUUUCGAAGAUGCUACCCUGACCGUACAAGCAAAAGGUGCAGGCGUGGGUGCUGGAGUGAAAGAGAAACUGUCUCCAGGGUCGCCUCUUACAUCGUCUUCGAUCAGCCUUGGGGCUACAGACUCCCUCAAGAUCGUCCUCACGACGACCGAGGGCAAGACAGCAAAGCGAGCACAUCAGGCAUUCCUGACCCUCCAUGAGCCAAUGACAGGUUUAGAGGAAUCCUUCCCCUUCAACUUGAAAGAGAAUGGCAAGGGUAAAGUGGAAGUCACCCAAAAAGAUCUCCCGUACCAAUUCGUCUCCUCCUCGAAACCUCUCAAAGCCUCCCUGAUCGUCGCCUCCUUCGGCUCAUCCACACCUUACAACUCCCACGCCUUCGACCUGACCGUGACGCCGGACCCAGCAAACCCAGCUCCCGCUCCUUCCCCAGCUGAACGCUACACAAGCAAAGAAGAAAUCCACCACCAGUUCAAACCCGACCCACAAUCAGGCCCCAGAAUCAUCAGCCUCUUCUUCACCCUCGCCGUCCUAGCUACCGUGCCCGUCUUACUCGGAGUUUGGCUCUUCCUCGGAGCGAACGUGGAUCAUUUCGGGAAAGCAUUUGGAGCGAGCCCGAUUUCACAUGGGGUGUUCUUGGGGAGCAUCGUUGCUAUGGAGGCGGUAUUCUUCAUGUACUACACUGUUUGGAAUCUCUUCCAAACCCUGCCUGUGGCGGCUGUGGUUGGGGUGGUAGCCUACAUUAGUGGUAGUAGGGCUUUGACUGAGGUGCAGGAUAGAAGGUUGGCGGGUGAGAGGUGA